GGAAUGCUUGACAUUAAUAUACGUCAAAACACUCUCGUUCGCCGCAAGCAACCUUUCACCUUUACUACGAUGCCAAUUCAACACUCAACUGAACUAACGCUUACAAAAUCACUACAGCCAAAGUUAUCACAAAACAGCAAGAGACUCAAGCGUCGAUCUUCAUCUGAAUUGAUAACGAACGAUGUCGCUGUUCCAACAAAACAACAGAAGAUUAGUCAUGAAUCUAUAGACCCUUUCAUUGAUAUAACGAGGUUAAGAAUCCCAUCAACACCCCUGGGUUGUCUUUCCCCUGGUGCAUCAUUCAAGGGUAUACAAAGAUCUGGCUGGCAGAGCUAUCACGUUAAAGUUGACAUACAAGACGUUAGCAUAACAAACUCUCAAGCAUCCGGUUAUCUCACGAUCGACGGUUUGACCAGAAAUCAGCCAACUAUAACAACAUUUUUCACAGCUGAGAUAAUCGGCAAUAAGUAUGGAUUUAGAACAAGUAAAUAUGAUGCAACAGCUUCUGAUGACCUUAGACAUUGGUCGAAAUUUGAAGCUUUCAAACGUAUAACGAAGAAAGACGACAACAAGAUGACAUACGAUUUAUUAAAGGAUUUCACCCACACAAGAGCAAUAUUCAUGAGAUGGAAAGAGCAUUUUUGCGUACCUGAUUCAUCAAUAAAGGACAUUCCAGGUGCUAGCUUCGAUGGUUUUUAUUAUGUUUGUAUUGAUCUCGAUUGUCCACCUACGUCGUUAUCAAAUUGCCAUCCAAGUGUACCAUCUUCAGGUCCUCACUUAUCUGGUUAUUACUUCCACCCACAUUCUGAACCUUUUCAAGAAUUGAAUUUGAGAGAACUUCCAAAAACUACUUCAGAUACUUUCGAAUUCCGUUAAGAGUGUUAGAAUUUUAGAAACAGAGCACAUUCUGACAUCAUCACCUCCACUCAAAUACUUGCAUUUGUCAAUUGUAUAACAGAUCUUAACUUAUCUAGAACAUGUAUAAUCAAG